AUGAACACGAGCAGUCACCACGCCAUGUCCGCCUACCUCAAGUCGAACCCGUACGCAAUGAACGGCAUUGCCGGCAUCACCAGCAGUGACCUGCUUCACUCCAGCGUCGGCUACCCUGGCGCCAUCUCCCCGAACGGGCCAAACCAGCCGCCGAGAAAGCAGCGGCGAGAGCGGACCACCUUCACACGAGCCCAGCUGGACAUACUGGAGACGCUCUUUGGAAAGACACGCUACCCGGACAUUUUCAUGCGUGAGGAGGUCGCUCUGAAGAUCAACCUUCCAGAGUCGAGGGUUCAGGUCUGGUUCAAGAACAGGCGCGCCAAGUGCCGGCAACAGGCACAGCAAGCUCAAAAUGCAGCCAACAAUCAAAACAGUGGCUCGACGAAGCCUCGGCCAAAGAAGGCGAAGAGUCCUCCACCUACGGGCAAUUCGAGCACUAGCUCUCCGCCGGCGUCACUGGGAGGUGGAAGUGUCGGUGGCCACCGAGAUUCACCCUACAAACCGCCUUCACUCUCCAAUCUCAGCUCCGGUGGAGGCAAUGGAGGUGGUAACGGUAACGGCAACUCACUCUGCUCUUCUGUCACCUCAAACAACUCAAGGUAA